UUUGAUUGGUAUUAUUUUCAACAUGGCGCCCAGCCUAGUUCAGAGUGUGUGUGUGUGAAAGUGCAGUGAAAUUAUGUUAAUAUCAAUUGUUUAUAGUGAUAAAUUUAGUGUAUAAGUGAAAAGAGUGUGCAUUAAUGCAGCGGUUAUCUUAUCAUGGCUUUGGAUUUACGCUUGCACUCUCCUGCAGGCGCGGAACCUGUUGUUUAUACAUGGCCCCUCACAUCGGGUCAUGGCUCGGACAAACACGAUGGAGCCUUAGAAAUAGUAGAAACGAUAAGGUGGGUCUGCGACGACUUGCCGGAGAUGAAAGGUGCACUGGAAAAGAACAUUCUAAGCGAUUACGACACCCACUCAUACGAAAGUAUGAGAGCACUCUGCGAUCGCUUCAACCGCGCCAUCGACUCUGUUGUCGCUCUGGAAAAAGGUACUUCAUUGCCAGCACAACGAUUGAACAAGUAUCCGUCGAGAGGUCUACUCAAACACAUAUUGCAGCAAACAUACAAUCAAGCAGUUUCAGAUCCUGACAAAUUGAACCAAUAUGAGCCCUUCUCGCCGGAGGUGUACGGGGAAACGUCGUACGAGCUGGUGUGCCAGAUGAUCGAUCAGAUCGACAUCACGGCGGAGGACGUGUUCGUGGACCUGGGCUCGGGCGUGGGGCAGGUGGUGCUGCAGAUGGCCGCCGCCACGCCCUGCCGCAUCUGCUUCGGCGUCGAGAAGGCGGAAGUGCCUAGCAGAUAUGCAUCGAGUAUGGAUGCAUAUUUUAGAACGUGGAUGAAAUGGUAUGGCAAAAAGUUUGGGGAGUACAAACUGAUAAAAGGCGAUUUCCUAAUGGACGAGCAUCGAGAGAAAAUAAACUCUGCCACCAUAGUGUUCGUGAACAACUUCGCGUUCGGGCCGCACGUAGACCACCAGCUCAAGGAGCGCUUUGCGGACCUGAAGGACGGCGCCAAGAUUGUGUCGUCCAAGAGCUUCUGUCCGCUCAACUUUCGCAUCACGGACAGGAACCUCAGCGACAUCGGCACCAUCAUGCACGUGAGCGAGAUGUCGCCGCUCAAGGGCUCCGUCUCGUGGACGGGCAAGCCGGUCUCCUACUACUUACACAUCAUAGAUAGGACCAAAUUGGAGAGAUACUUUCAAAGACUGAAAAAUCCUAAACUCAAGGGCUGCCAGGGCGACGAGGCGGAGGGCAAGCGCAACGCGAGUGCGCCGCCCACGCGCCAGCCCACACCCGACCUGCUCAACGGGAACAGCAACCAUAGCACCGGCUCCCUGCCCGAGCGGCGCCGCAAGCUCGCCAGACCCAGACCCGUCAGGGGUGAAGGGGGCAGGACGCGUGCGCGCGCCGCGGCGGCCAAGCGGCGCGCGGUGCAGCGCUCGAGCGACGAGAGCGAGGAGGAGUCCAGCGAGACGGACGAGCCGCCCGGGCCUGAGCCCGCGCCGCGCGAGUGGGGCGCGCCCUGGGCCUCGUCGCCUCACUCGAAUCGCAAUCGUCGCACGACAAACAAGCGCAGCGCGAGUGCGGGCAGCGUGCGGCGGCGGCCGCCCGCGCGCGCCAAGCGGCGCCGCGCCGCGCCCGCCGCCAUCGCUGGCCUCGACCUGCUGCACUCCACCACGCUCGCCUCCACGCUGCACAACGGCGCCGUGACGGCGCCGCCGCCGGGUUGCGUGGAGCAGCGUCUGUCGGCGCUGGGCGUGGCGCUGCAGCCGGCGGAGCGCCUGCACUCGGAGCUGGACAUCCCGCGCGCGCCGCACGCGCCCUACAGCCUGCAGCUGCUGCUCGACAUGUUCCGCGACCAGUACCUCGCGAUGCUGCGCCGCAUGACCACGCCCGACUACGCCAACGAUGUGCGGCACCAGAUCGACAAGGAGAAGGAAAGAAAUCAGAAGCUGAAAUCGCGGGCGUCGCAGUUAGACAAGCAGAUCAACGUGUUGAUUAGCGACAGUGUGGCUCUCCUGAAGGCGCGCAUGUGCGAGCUCGGCAUCCACGCCAACAACACCGUCGACCUGCUGGCCAAAGCCAAGGAGAUCGUGGGCCGCCACAAGGAACUGCAGAGCAAGGCCAGCAAACUGCAAGCUCAGGUGAAUAGCAUAGAGGCCGAACAGGCGAUGUUGGUGAAGCAGAGAACUUUUGAAAUAACCGAAAAGUACAGACAGCUUGGGCAAAUACCCCCGGACGCGGAGAUCACGCAGAGCGUAGCCCACGACUGUAUACUGAGGGAGAUAUCGGCCACGCUGGCGCAUCGUAAGCGGCUGCACGCGCAAGUGGGCCACCUACAGAAUGAGAUCGUGCAGAUGGAGAGGGCGAGCGAGCAGCAGAAGGUCAUAACUCCGACGGUUCCCGUGGCGACCGUCAAGCCGCAUACGGUGAACAACAAGCCGCGGAAGGCGCGGGAGCACAGGUCGCGGUCGCAGGAGUGGCCCGACGUGCCGGACGUCGGCAAGAUCGAGGAGCAGAACCCGGAGCUGCUCGCGCAAAAGAUAUUAGAGACGGGGCGACAGAUUGAAGCGGGGAAGAUAACGAAACCCAAUGUUAUUGUUAAUGGUUACGUGAGGGAUCCUGACAGACAUAUGGACCACAGAUCAAAGACGUUGCAAGUGCACCGCGCGCAGGUGUCGGCGCAACGGCCAGCGCCGCUGCCGCUGCCGCGACACUCGCCGGGCAAGGUGCAGAAGCCGCUCAACGUGGUCGCCAAGGUGCAGGAGUCGCCCAAGGUCAUCAACUUUGAGGACAGGCUCAAGAGCAUCAUCACGUCCGUGCUCAACGAGGACCAGGAGCAGCGCAAGGCGUCGCGCCUCGAGCCGCCGCGGCAACCGGUAGCGAAUCACGCGUACGCCAACGGCUACGUACGGCCGGCGGCCAUAGCCGGCGCCCCGCACAACUCAUUCGCGCCGCGCACGGCGGUCGCCUCCGCGCCCGCCUCGCCCUUCCUGCGCACGGUGCGCGAUCUGCGCGACCCGCGCGACGUGCGUGAGCUGCGCGACCCGCGCGAGCUGCGUGACGUGCGGCGCGAGCGUUGCGGCUACGAGCGCCGGCCGCACGCGUCCGACCUGCGUCACCACCACGCGCCACAGCCGGAUUACACGCAGGUAUCACCGGCGAAACUGGCGCUUCGACGACACUUAUCACAAGAGAGACUGGCGACGCCAGGCGCGCGAACCAUCGGGGAUCUCGUCAACGGCGAGAUCGAACGCACGCUGGAGAUAUCCAACCAGAGCAUCAUCAACGCCACCGUCAACAUGAGCGCGCGCUACCACGAGCCCCCGCACCAGCCGCUCGAGGGGCUGGCUGCGUGUCUCCAAGCGCGCGUUCUGGCGUCGGAGUACUGGCGGGGGCGCGCGGGCGACGGCGAGGACGCGACGCGGCGCCGCACGCCGUCCGUCGACCCGCACUCCAACUCCUCCACGCCGCUCGUCGACGAGUUCCCCGACGCCGCGCGGCCGCCAGGUGAGGCGCGCGUCCGAGCGCUCGGCUCGCUCGCGCUGGGCGACCGGCGAGCCGAGCUCACGGACCCUCUCCCCGUUGCAGAAGGCGAGGGCGGCGAGGAGGUCGAGGAGAGCAAGUGGCAAGACCGGAUAGCGUUCCGAUUCGACCAGAUCAUCUCGUUCGCGUCGACCGCCAUGGAGGACAAGCGGCGGCGCUCGGACGAGGCGUGCAACACGUCGCCCGACUCGGGCAUCGGGCACGGCGAGGCGGCGCGCGCGGAGGGCGCGGCGGGCGGGACGCGCGCGGCGCCGGCCGCGGCCGCGCGUUCGCCGUCGCCGCAGGCGCCUCACCACUUCAAGAAGCGCUUCUUCCGGCGCGAGCGCUGGGGCGCGUGGAGCGGCGCGCCGCCGCCCGCGCCCGUGGACUGGGAGCGGCCGCCGAUGUGACGCCCGCGCAUGUAGCGUUGCGACGAGUGCCACUUCUCGCACGCGGCCGUCGCCGCGUCCUAGCGCCGUGCGACUCCUCACACUGCCGCCCGGAGUUCCUCCCGGAUGUUGACUAUCGAUUUUGUUAAUUUUUUUCGAAUAUAUAAUGUAAUUAUGUAUAAUAAUGAGUUUAUUUUAUGUUUAAGAAUUGUAAUUAUUUAAUAUUAGGUUGUAUGUCGCCGUUCUCCCGGGGCGCCGGACGUCUAUCGCGCCGCGACGGAUUUGUAUUUCAUGUGUUCAUUUAGCUGUUAGUGUUCGAAAUACAUGAUUCGUUCUCGUAUCGGUCGUACGUUCGAUGGAUGUUUGUUGUUUUUGUGUUUUUUUUUUAUGUUUAUGGAAAGCUCAGGCUGAAUAAUGUCAAUCAUAUCUUUGAGAAAUCGCAAGCUCGAGGUGGUGCGAAGAAACUUGUUUUGUGUGAAAUUUGUAAAUAAAACAGUAAUUAGAAAAUUUUACUUUUUGAACAUAACCGCUGCCUUAAUGACACAUUUCUGUUACAACAAAGUAAAUGGUAACAACGUUCAGCAAUAUAGUUAAUUGUGUAAUUAAUUAAGCAUCGUCGUUCAUAUUGUAUCCACUUGUUUACGUAAAUAUGUGAUAAGUGAACAAUUAGGGCGAUAUUGUAAAAAUAUCAUGACACUUACUGAUCCUACCCCUAUCUGUACAAGACGAAAAGGUAUUUGUUUUCUUUUGGUAGGAUUGAUCACAGGCAAAGCAGAUAAAGAGUAGAGCAAUCAAGAUUUUUUAUGUGAGUUUUAGGGUAAGGAUAUCUAGGAGUUCAAGCAAAAGAAACAGCAAAUCAACAAGAAAAUGAUUUUUUCUUUUGAAAUAUGCAUAUCAAAAAACCAGAAAACCUCAAUUUUACCGGUUUUCUCUUCUGAAUAGUGCCAAUAUAAUUCCUUAAUGAAUUCAGCACUCCCGAUUUAUUCGAAAAUUUUAUUAUUUGUGUAUCAUCGACUUGGCGGAGUAGCUUAACUGAUGUUGGUAUCGAAAUAGCGCUUUACCUGCCCCAAAAUUUACAUCAAAAAUCUUGAUGCCUCCACUUCUUGAAUCUUCACCGAGUCCUAAGAACCAAUUCCACUGAAGGAAAUCUCUUGUUCACGAAACGCCAUAUAAAGUGUCUUACACAUUUUCCCUAGAAAUUUGAAAUAACACUAAUUUAUUCUUUUACAUAUAUUUUGGCGUGAUUUUCUCUAUUUUAUUUUAUCAAUUGUUAUACCUAUUGAUAAAAAUAAUUAUUAAUUAUUGUAUUAUUGGAUAAGAAGUCACACACUGUGUCAUUCCAAAAAAAGAUUUUUUUAUUGAUAACAUAUUCUUCUUCACAAUUCUAAGUACAUAAUACAGGGUAAGACGGGGAGCUGAAAAUAUAUGGGCGUAAUAUGUUUAAAAUCAUUUCAUGGUAAUAGUUUUGAUUGAUGCGCGAAGUUCACGCUCUAAUAUCAGUCCUAAUAUAUGUAAAACAAUAAAUAAACAAUCUAGAACAUAGAUCGAACCAAACAACCAGAUUUUAUCAUGAUAAUUAUGAAUGUAUAAAUAAAAUUUAAAACCACAACAGGAAAUAUAGUUUUGUAAGUUGUGCCAAAAAGGGGUUUUUAAACUAAAAUUUUGUAUUAAUUUGACGUGAUGUGAUCUUGUAAAAAAAUCAAGUAAAUUAUAGUAGCCGUAUAGCAGUAAAGUAGCUAUAUUAUGCUUAGAUAUAUUAUUAACUUUCAACUUGUCAAAUAUAUAGUUAAAAAAUACGAAUAUCCUUCAAAAUUUUAUUAUUUUGAGACAGCUUAUUAUUGCUUAUAGGUAUCGAUGGAUACUAUGAUGAUGUAUCUACAUUAGUGACAUGAAACUUUAUAAUAACUAGCGUUUUAAUUAGCGUGUCUGCUGUGUCAAAAGGAAAAACAUUAUUCCUAAAGUACUUUGGCCCUUACCAGUGCAGACCAGACUGGUCAUUUGGCCUCGUUAUCCGAGAUGAGGCGCGAGCCGCCGGAGCCAUCAGCAAAUACGAAAAUCGUUUUUACAGACUUAUUAAUUAGAUAUAGUGUUUAAAUAACGCUGUGGUAACUGACCGAACGGGAGCAGUCUGAAACAUUUUUGGUUUCGAUUUAAUUUUUUAACUAAAUUGUCUUUCGAUAUCUAUACACUUGACUUUAUCACUAAUAUCGUAAGCUUCGGUAAUUUUAAUCAAAAGAUCAUUUUUUCGGUUUAGCGUGAUUCAUGUAAUCAUCUUAAUUCAAAUUCAAAAUAUUUUUAUUCAAUUAGACUUUUACAAGUACUUUUGAAUCGUCAAGAGAAUCUACCACUGGUUCGGAAUGCCUUUCCUACCGAGAAGUACCAGUAAGAAACUCGGCGGUUGCUCUAGCAAUUCUAAAAUAUACUUUUAACAGUUCAAGCACAAUCAGUGCGGAAGAUUUUGCGCGUCAAUCGACAAAGCGCUGCAAAAGCCGCGAGAGACUUGUGCAGUGCUGUGACUCUGCUCGUGCUGCAGGUUUUCCUAACAUGUCACAGGUAGAUUUAUUUUAGCAAAACAUUAACCAUUAUGAUGACAUUUUGAUACUCGUUUUUACUCAUUUUUAGGCCUUGCACUUCUUCUUCGAAAUAAUGAGAGAGUGUAUCAAUCAUCAAAAUCGUGUGAAAUCAAUUCAUUACCUUACAUAACACAUGCACAUAUUAGUUUACAGCCACAAAUUGAAAAGAAAAAAAUGAAGCAAUGCAAUGAUACGCGGUCAAAUCAAAUGCCUUACUAAUAAUAUUAUACUAUAUAAAUAAUAAUACAUGCAGAUAAGCCACAUUCAGAAAUUAUAUAGUAGUCGUUGCUAGAACAGGGUCUACACACUUUCAAAUUGAUAAUUUUAACUUUAAUAUAACUCUGAUUUCUUCAAGUUUGUUAUAUAACGUAAUAAAAUCUGUCAUGGUCAUAUUAUAUUGUCGCUCACGAAGAUUAUCCGCCUUUUUAGCAAUAAGGCUUUUAUAUACAUACAUUAACUACUGUAACGUUCAUAAUAUGUAAUAGGAUUUUCUUUAAUUUUUGAUGAUUUCACUAUAAUUUAUUAAUUUAAUUUGAUACUAAUUCAUAUUUAUAUUUUAUAAUGUUUUUGCAAAAUUGCUAGUGGACAUGUACUUAUUUAAAUCAUAGAAAAUAUUUGCAUAUUUAUUUAGCAAAAUAGUUAUUAGUUGGUUGUAUGUUGUGCCCAUCUUAUUUUUUUAAGAAUGGCUUGUAAUUUUUUCUUACAUAAAAUUAAGUAAUUAUUUAUUAAUGAAAUGUUACUAAAAUACCCAAUUGGUCAUGAAAUAUCAAAUAAGGUGUAUAGUACUAGUAAAAAUUGUAUAGGGUAUGGGCAUUAUGGUGUUAUACUUUUAAUUCAUUUUAUUGUGCAAGAAAUUCGUAGAUUAACGCUAGAAUUGAUUAGAUAGUUUUUAUCAACUGAUAGAUUAUGAUUUUGCGUAUUGUGAAGAAUAUUUUUGACCUUUUUUAAUUAAUGUCCAUAUCCAUUUGGUGCACUAUUACAUUGUAAGUAAGAAUUUGUCAAGAAUAUAACAUUAAAUAUUAGUGUCAACUAAUGAAAUACACGAGCAAUGAUAUAAUUAAUUAUUAUUUAAGACCGAUAAAAAUUGCGUUUAAUGAAUGGGAAUUUAGAUAUUAUUAUGUUUUUAAUACAUGGACGACUUGCUACUCACUCUAAUGAUCCAAUAUCUUUGUUAUAUUAUAAUACAGCAUCAUACCUUUUUAGGCCUAUUUUACUCAGAAGCACCACUCUAAAGGAUUAUUAAAGUCGUUCAUGUAUUUUGAACAUUGGAGUGCACAGGUUUGAUUGUGCCUGAAACUCACCAAUGCCGCUCCAAACCUCAAAAUUGUGUAUUUGUAUAAUAAGGUAGCUUAUAUAAAUCGGUUUUGAAGUACCAGUGUACUACUGGUACGAUGUGUAUUGGCAUUCAAUUAAGCAUUACAAGAUUGACUCAAAGAUCGAUUACAUUAUUCAGUUUUGACUAACUUUUUUUUUAAUGGGGAAAGAGCUAAUCAGUGUGACGUUAGUGUCUAAAAUAGUACAAAUGAGAAGACUUAUUGUCGUAAGCCUCGGACUUUUCAACAUUGCAAAUACUAGGUUUGAGAUGUAUCCCUGUGUACUAGUUUUAUUUUGUACUAAAAGUUAAAAAUAAAUGAGUAAUUAUAUGAA